AGUAAAAGAGAGAAUUAAUGGCCAUGAGCUCCUAUUUGAUCAACUCCAACUAUGUGGAUCCAAAGUUCCCCCCGUGUGAGGAGUACUCUCACAGCGACUAUCUGCCCAGCCAUUCUCCGGAUUACUACAGCUCCCAGCGGCAGGAGCAGGCUGCCUUCCAGCCGGACUCUCUCUACCACCACCACCACCAACACCAUCAGCACCAACAGCACCACCAGAGCCAGCAGCCGCAGCACCAACAGCGAGCCGAGCAGCCCUACACGCCGUGCCAGCGCACAGGACAGCCCGCCUCUGUGCUCAUGUCCCCGCGGGGUCACGUUCUCCCGGAGCAGAGCCACCGCUGCGACUCGGUGACACCCAGCCCGCCUCCCCCUGCGUCCUGCGGCCAAACACCCCACAGCCAGAGCACUUCGUCCCCUUCGGGCCCCCGGAAGGACCCGGUGGUGUACCCGUGGAUGAAGAAAGUCCAUGUGAACAUCGUGAGCUCAAACUACACCGGUGGAGAACCCAAGCGUUCGCGGACGGCCUACACACGACAGCAGGUUCUGGAGCUAGAGAAGGAGUUCCACUACAACCGGUACCUGACGCGCAGACGCAGAGUGGAGAUCGCGCACACACUGUGCCUGUCGGAGCGGCAGAUCAAGAUCUGGUUCCAGAACCGGAGGAUGAAGUGGAAGAAGGACCACAAGCUGCCCAACACCAAGGUCCGCUCUGGAGCUAACAGCAACAACACGAACUCCCAGAGACCGCUAUAGCCCCGUUAUGGCCCGGUUAUAGCCCGGCUGUAGUCCAGUUAUAGCCUGGCUGCAGCUCAGCUAUAGCCCCGUUGCACCCUGGUCAUGGCCCGGAUCUCUGGCUCUUUGGCUCACACUCGUCCCUCUCUGAUUCUAAACCGAACGCUUGUAACCACCGGAGCCCGCACUUUGGACUGGAUUAAAGGCUUUGCUCUGGAAUGAGGGAUGUUCAGCCCUGAUCUAUGCUGAUAAUAUACUUACACACUAUAAUAAUAUGACGUGAUGGCGUGGGAGGGGUGGAGGGGGACGUUUCCCAUUCAUAAAAAUACGAACAAAAGAAGGAGACUGAAAGAAAACCACGCUACAGCUUCUAUCCUCUGCUUCUAUCCUCACAUCUAUAAAUCUAUCUCUCUGCUUCCUAUAUUUUUAUACUCCCCUCUCUUUCUCUCUCUCUCUUAGGGAUGGGCAAUGACUGAAUAUUCAAAUAGUCAUCGAUUCAUUAUAAAACAUCACAUUUUAUCCUCCCAUCAUCUCAGUUUAAUAUGUUCUACCUAUUUUUGACUGUGGCUGGUUGUAAUGCAACUCAACAGCCAGGUGGUGGUGGUAGUGCACGUCAACGCUGUUUGCUAACUGCCACAACAAAGCAGAAGAAGACAGCAUUAAUGUCAGAUGACACUACAGUAGAGGAAACAGAAAACUAAAGUAGCUCACUUGCUACAUUAGUAGCCUUAUAAUGGCAUUUUCCAUUAUGUGUUAGCGUAAAGCUAAUAAACUCAUAUACUUCCGGUUUACCUGUGAGACAUUUCUUCUUAAAAAGGCGAGUGACUGUGAAUAGUUUUCCGUGAAAUGCACAUCCCUAUUAGCCUACACAUUUUAUUAUUAUGACGUGAUGACGUGGGAGGCAUGGAGGGGGAGAUUUUCCAUUCAUAAAAAUAUGAAUUAAACAAAAGGAGGCUGAACGAAGACGAUGCUACAGUCAUCCUCAAAUCUACAGGAUUUCUCUUUUGACUUUUAUAGCCCCCCUCCCUCUCUCCCUCCCUCUCCUCUCUCUCUCUCUCUCCUUUCUCUCUCCCUCCCUC